AUGGCCAAUACUGUCGGCUACAUAGGUGCAGGUCUAUCUCUGUUCGGCGUGUUCUGCGCUCUAGUCGGAGUAGGCCAAAUUGUCAGCGAUAUCUCAUCUCUACGUGAUGAGGUGCACGGUAGAAUGGACGAGUUUCGUCUAUUAGCUGAAGACACCUGGGAUCGUCUGUUGGUGCUGCAGAGUCCUACCGGAGAGUCUGUGAAUUCCAUGCCAAGCUUGUUCCGCUCGAAACGUUACAUUUAUCCUGACAUGUGCAACUGUAAAGAGAACUCACAAGGAUGCCCAGCUGGACCAGCAGGACCUCCUGGAUCUCCGGGACCAAGGGGAGAAGAAGGCCAACCGGGUGACGAUGGACGUCCUGGAACUAAUGGAAUCACUCUUUCCGUAAAUCACGAUGUACCUGGAGGUUGCAUUAAAUGCCCACCAGGACCACAAGGAGAGCCUGGACCUCUUGGUCAACCUGGAGAACGAGGAUUUCCAGGAGCUGUCGGUAAAGUUGGACCAGCUGGUGGGGACGGCACCGCGGGACCAGAAGGAAUACCUGGAGACCAAGGACCUCCGGGACCACCCGGAUUCGAUGGAGCUACCGGACCCGAUGGAAUGCCCGGAACAACUUCCUUUCCAGGAGCACCUGGUCAGCCCGGUGAGCCUGGGUGGGCUGGAGAGCAAGGACUUCCCGGAAAAGCUGGUGACCCUGGAUUGGAUGGAACCCCUGGCAUGCCUGGAGCUCAGGGGUUGCCUGGAAACCCUGGGCAUGACGCAUUCCCUGGAAUGCCAGGACCUAUUGGAAAACCAGGAAAUCCUGGGGAAGAUGCUAAGUACUGCAACUGUCCGCAGAGGCAAGAGAAGCCAGCCAACGAUGUUGUUUCUCCUCCUGGCAAUGGUAUUUAUAGAAAGAGACGCGUUUAA